AUUCUAGCAAAUUUACCAAUCGUACAAGGCGCCGCCUUCGAUUCUUUUCAGAAUCAAAAUGAAGAUUUUUGUCUCCCAGGAACCAGAACUGAGCUGCUUCAUCAGGUUACGAAAUGGGCGAGCUGUCCCGGCCAUCCGAUUUUCUGGUUGCAAGGCAUGGCUGGAACAGGGAAAUCAACAAUCUCGAGGACUCUAUUACGAUCGUUUGCCGAUGCUGGUCUUUUGGGAGCAAGUUUCUUCUUCAAAAGAGGAGAAACAGACCGAGGAAAUGCAUUAUCACUCUUUCCUACUAUCGUCAGGCAGCUGGUCGUGGCCUUCCCUAUGGCAUUACCGGCUGUGCAGCAAGCACUUCGCAAUCAUCCAGAGAUAUCGGGAAAGGCUCUAUCGGAGCAAUUUGACAAAAUGCUUCUGCGUCCACUACACAGCCUGGAAUCGCUCGAUCGACCAACCGUUGUUCUCGUGAUCGACGCGCUGGACGAAUGUGAUGACGAUGCAAAUAUAUUGACUAUCAUUCGGCUAUUGCCUCAACUGCAAUCAAUAGACGCGCUGUGUAUAAGAAUAUUCCUCACCAGUCGUCCGGAACUACCCAUCAAGCUUGGCUUUUCAAAAAUAAUGGGUCAGCAUCAAGACUUCGUCCUUCAUGAGGUACCAAAGGUUGAAAUAGAACAUGAUAUCUCCUUAUUUCUGGAGCAUAAAGUUGCCAAGAUCCGGGAAGAUCAUGGUCUGCCUGAUGAUUGGCCUGGAAAAGAGACUAUUUGCAAGCUUGUGGAGCUUUCUGUUCCUUUAUUCAUCUUCGCUGCGACUACCUGUCGUUUACUUGAAGACGAGCCAUGGAGUCUGGCAGAAGUUCUCACUGAUAUUUUGAUCUAUGGCAAUGAGCGUUCCAAGUCAAUUGGGACAUACCAGCUUCGUGGAACAUAUCUUCCUGUUUUGAAACGCUUCUUGCGGAGAGAAAGCAAGAAACAAGAGAGCCAGUUAAUCGAUGAGUUCAGGCUCAUCAUCGGCUCGAUAAUUCUACUUGAAAGCCCUCUCUCGGUGACUACCAUCUCAGAACUCCUUGAUUUCCACGUCGAAAAGAUCAAAUGGAGACUGAGGCCAUUUCACUCGGUUCUCAAUGUUCCUGACGAAGAAUCGGCACCUGUACGAUUGUUCCAUCUCUCCUUCCGAGAGUUUCUGCUCGAUUCAGAGAUAUCAGAUCGGACUCCAUUAUGGAUUGAGGAAAGUUCCACACACCAAAAACUAUCAGACCAAUGCAUGUUUGUUUGUCGUCAAAAACUGAAAAAGAACAUAUGCGAUCUAGCUCCAGGCAUAGAACGGGAAGAAAUCGAUGCCAUGGGCAUUCAGGAGCUUCUCUCACCGGCAUUACAGUACUCCUGCCGCUACUGGGUACAUCACCUUGUUUGCAGCAAAAAUUCUGAUGUCCAGAAUGUCCAUCUCUUCCUGAAAGGGUGUUUUCUAUAUUGGAUGGAGGCGAUGGGAAUUCUAGGCCGUGCGUCUCAGGUGAUUCGAGACCUAAAUCUGCUUCAGUCAACCUUCGACAAAUACCGCCAUGGAGACCUGAGUAGCUUCUUACAUGAUGCCAAAAGGUUUUCGCUUCGAAAUGCUCAUAUUACCAAUCAUGCACCUAUGCAGCUUUAUUGCUCUAGCCUUCUAUUCGCUCCAAAGAUGUCGAUAGUUCGAAAGUGCUUUGAAAAGGAACUUCCCAGUUGGGUGCGAUUACGUUCCAAGCACCACGAAAAUUGGAGCCCAGAAUUGCAGACUAUUGAGGGUCACUCUCAAUCCGUGACGCUUGUAGCGCUUUCGUCAGGAAAUCAUCAGAUAUUGGUAUCUCUCUCCUCAUUUGACUAUACCAUCCGAGUCUGGGACGCAGUCACAGGGGCUUUAGAGAAAACACUCGAUACGUCCGAUUACAGGAAUACACAUCUAGCACAUGCUAUGGUUGUCUCUCCCGACGGCCGGUAUCUGGUUACCAUAGGCGAGUGCAUCGACCUUUGGAACAUCUCGGCAGGACUUCAUCUGAAAACGCUCAAUGGCCAAUCCGGGGCCUUUUAUCGAGGAAGUCGAGUUCUGGUGGCUAUAGACCAACUCAGUGUUCAAUUCUUGAAUCUCGAAUCUGGUACUCUGACACAGGUUGAACUUAACCAAGAAAGAGGCCAAUUCAAUGCAAAGUCUCCAUCUGACAAAUGGCCAUUCCAGCCCGAUGACAAUGUAGGGCUUUUGGAUGGGUAUACCGCGCUAUCGGCCGAUGGCCAGCUUGUAGCGCAUACUAUUCCAGUCGAGAAUGAUCUGGAUCUCAAUUGGAUAACCAUAUCAUCAGACAGCCAGCUUAUUGCAUUCGUUUCGGUCUCAAAAACAAUUCAAGUUUGGGGCACAUCAUGUGGGUCCCUGAAAUAUGUGUUUCAAGUCCAUACAUCGUGGUCAAAUUCGCUGGCAUUUUCCCAUGACUGCGAAUUCCUAGCAUCAGGCUGCCGUGACAAUGUUAUCAGGCUCUGGGACCUCUCGAACUCAAUCAACACGAGUCAGACUAUAAGAGGCCAUUCGGAGGUUGCCUCCGAAGCCUAUUUCUCUCCUGAUGGCUCUCUGAUAGCAACAAUGACAUAUCAUAAGAGUGAGAUCAUAGUAUGGCAUGCGAGAAAGGGGGAUAUAUUGAGAACACUUCUACUACCUCCUAAUGGCCUAGACGGGAAAAUUGUUCACCUCGCUAUAUCCCCUGACAAUCGAAGGUUCGCAGCAGUUGAGUGGAUCUCCUACUACACAACCCCAUGGAAGACUCAAUCCAAAGGAUCAGUUGUGGCUUUGAUGCUCUGGGAUCUUACGACGGAGGAUUUGUGGAAUGUAGGCGACGAUUAUUGCUGGGAAUCUGGAGUCGCACCUUGUCCUCCAGUUUCCACGCCCAAUUCACAGUCACUGGCACUGAUCUGUUACCAUGGGGAUCGCUCGCGCUUUUCGACCUUUUCGCCGGAUGGCAGAUACCUGGUCUUUGUUCUUCGGUCAGAAGUGAUUGAAGUGUGGGAUGUCGACUCCGGCCAUCUCCUGUACUUUUCUGAGCAUUCAUUUGGGUCCGAGACUAUCACUGGUAUUGCUUUUACGGAAGGGGGAUUGUCGUUAUUGACCAUCCUGGGGACCAAAGACAUUGUAAUAAAGUCCGAACGCUGGAAACCUGACUGGAAAACACAGGAACAGCGCCUUACUACCAGAAUUAUUACAGUCAAGGAAGACUGGGUAUAUAUACGAGGGCGAAGGGUAUUUUGGCUACCUCCUGAAAACCGGCCUCGACUCGGACAUGAUGGUGUUGCUUUCCACGGCAAUACAGUAACCUUCGGAAAUUUGUCCGGCGACAUUACCAUUCUAGAUUUUGACGUCGAUUGA